GCAGGCAGGCGCGGAGCCCGGCCGCGGCGGAGGGGGCUGAGCGAGGAUGCGGCUGAAGCUGGGCUUCCUCCUGCGCGCCGUGCUGCUGCUCGGCUCCUUCCUGGGGCUCCUGCUGCUCUGGUCGUCGCUCUCGCCCCGCGCGGAGGAGCCCAGCCCGCUGGGCAGGGUCCCGGAUGACAAAGAUUCCAGCAAUCUCUUGCCGAACAAUGGAGACCGUGGUCUGGUUCCUGGAAAUGACAAGUUCAAGCCAGUGUUACCCUGGCCUCACGUCGAAGGUGUGGAAGUAGACUUGGAAUCAAUUCGGCGAAGGAAUAAGGCCAAAAAUGAAGGAAAUCCUCAUGCUGGUGGCAAUAAUGACCAACAAAACAUCAUGCAGCGACAGUAUCUCACAUUUAAGCCACAGACACUUAUCUACCAUGAUCCCAUAUUGCGAUCUGGAAUCCUUGGCAACUUUGAACCCAAAGAAUCUGAGCCCCAUGGAGUUGUAGGUGGCCCUGGAGAGGAAGCCAAGCCAUAUGUUUUAGGACCAGAGUAUAAAGAAUCUGUUCAAGCCAGUAUUAAGGAAUUUGGCUUUAACAUGGUAGCAAGUGACAUGAUCUCAUUAGAUCGGAGUAUUAAUGACUUGCGUGAUGAAGAGUGCAAGUACUGGCAUUAUGAUGAAAACCUGCUCACAUCCAGUGUUAUCAUUGUCUUCCAUAAUGAAGGAUGGUCCACACUUAUGAGGACAGUUCACAGUGUCAUUAAAAGAACACCAAGGAAAUACCUGGCUGAAAUUGUUCUAAUUGAUGAUUUCAGCAAUAAAGCACACUUAAAAGAGAGACUAGAGGAUUAUGUUAAGCAGUGGAAUGGCCUUGUAAAGAUUUUUCGAAAUGAAAGGAGAGAAGGUUUAAUUCAAGCUAGAAGCAUUGGAGCCCAGAAGGCUAAACUUGGACAGGUUUUGAUUUACCUUGAUGCCCACUGUGAGGUGUCAGUAAACUGGUAUGCACCACUAAUAGCUCCUAUAUCUGAAGACAGAACUACAUGCACUGUGCCUCUAAUAGAUUACAUAGAUGGGAAUGACUAUUCCAUUGAACCACAGCAAGGUGGGGAUGAAGAUGGCUUUGCCAGAGGGGCCUGGGACUGGAGCUUGCUGUGGAAACGCAUUCCAUUAAGCCACAAGGAAAAGGCAAAAAGGAAAUAUAAAACUGAGCCAUAUCGAUCCCCUGCAAUGGCUGGUGGAUUAUUUGCCAUUGAACGUGACUUCUUUUUUGAACUAGGUCUCUAUGAUCCAGGUCUACAAAUCUGGGGUGGUGAAAACUUUGAAAUAUCAUACAAGAUUUGGCAGUGUGGAGGAAAGCUGCUGUUUGUCCCUUGUUCGCGUGUUGGACACAUUUAUCGGCUCCAGGGAUGGCAAGGGAAUCCCCCUCCAGCAUAUGUUGGAUCCUCUCCUACUCUAAAAAAUUAUGUCAGAGUUGUGGAGGUCUGGUGGGAUGAUUACAAAGAUUACUUCUAUGCUAGUCGUCCUGAGACAAAAGCACUAGCUUAUGGUGAUAUAUCUGAACUGAAGAAAUUUCGUGAAGAUCAUCAGUGUAAAAGUUUUAAAUGGUUCAUGGAAGAAAUAGCUUAUGAUAUCACAUCACACUACCCUUUACCACCUAAAAAUGUGGAGUGGGGAGAGAUUAGAGGCUUUGAAACUGCUUACUGCAUAGACAGCAUGGGGCACACGAAUGGAGGUUUUGUGGAGCUUGGACCAUGCCAUAGAAUGGGAGGAAACCAACUGUUCAGAAUCAAUGAAGCAAAUCAGCUCAUGCAGUAUGACCAGUGCUUGACAAAAGGACCAGAUGGAUCAAAAGUCAUGAUCACACACUGCAAUCUAAACGAAUACAAGGAGUGGCAGUACUUCAAGAAUCUACAUAGAUUUGCCCAUAUUCCUUCAGGGAAAUGUUUGGACCGUUCAGAGGUUCUUCACCAAGUGUUUAUCUCAGACUGUGACUCUAGCAAGCCAACACAAAAAUGGGAAAUGAACAAUAUCCUUAGUGUGUAGACUAAACAGCCUUGAAACCUACCUACUGACAAAUUUAAUUCAUAUAGGACUGAAGAUAGCCUGAAAAUUGCUGCAACUAUUAACUUUGUACAGCUGCAAGCCCAGAACCUCUUGAUCUGGAUGAAGGACAUAGAUGGACUGUGAUAGAUUUAUCAUCUGCAGUUAAUGUUUACAAAACUGCUCUUACCUUAAACUUUAUAGAUGUUUACAUCCUUAUUUGUGUGCGUUUCGUUUUAAGAUGUUUUAAAUAGGCGAUAAUUUUCAUGUGCUUUUGACUAUGUUUCCAUUUUUACUGGAACAAAGUUAAAAGCAUCUGCUUAGAUCUGAAAAAAACGUGUAGCUGCUUCUGCUUGUUGAAGGGGGCUUUUCUUCUACUCCUUCGGGCAGCAUCUCCCUGUGCCUCCCCCAAAGCCCCUCAUGAAGGCUGAAGGAAUGUCAGGGGUCUGAGGGGCUGUGGCCAGAGGAAAGUUAGCAACACAUACGCCUCCCUUGUGCAUGCAGAUGUGCCUUAUGCUCGUGCACAGGUGAAGGAUUCGGAUUCGAGCAAUCUUGUCUUCUUUGGGAUUACACUCAGGGGUCUGCAGGCAGUUUUUUUUUAACACACUCACACUUGAAAAAGGUUGGAGUAACCAGAUUUUGUUAUAACGUGGUAAUUAUCAACCUGUUGUACAUUAUUUUGAUUUUACAUAUUACCAAGCACUGCCACAGGUUUUUAGCCAGGGUGGCCUUCUUUCACAGUCAUGCUGCUUUUUUGAAAGGUGAAUUUUCAACAUAUUUAGUGCCUCUUUAAUUUUUCUCUGUAUUUUUCACAAGAAAAGCUUUUUGUUUUAUAGUAUGGGUAUGUCGAGGUGUCUGCUUUCUGAACAGGGAUGAGUUGGUACUACCCACAUUACUCUUAGAGAAAAAAAUGCCAUGUUGUCUAGUGUACUUGCUUAUUCCAUAUUGAUGAAGUAACCAGCUGAGGCACAAGUCUUACUAGCCUGGUACAGAUGACCCAUCUGUGCGCUGACUGAUCAUGUGGUGGGGAAGAGCAGGCACAAGAGUGCUGGAUCUGCCUUUGCGCCAUCACUGGGCGGUCAGCAUAGUGCGAAUGCAUGGUGGGAAGUGUUCUCACGUAUGCUCCCUCCCCAUGAUCAGCAUCAUCUGUGCAGGACUACUAUGAAUGCUGCCUGAGGGACCCAAAACAGUGAUCCAGUAACUUCAUCAGGACCUUUAAAGAAGGUUGUAUGCUAGGUAGCACUUAAGUCCAUGAACCACUUGCGUGAAAUAGCAUUAAAGCAGCUUAAGUCUUCUGAUUUGCAAUAUCAAGCUGGAACUGAAACUUAGCACUAUGUGAUGCAUUCAGUGGAAGUGAGCACUCCAAAUUACAAUUAAAACUUACAAGCACUAACUUCCCUGCUGUAUCAAAGCCUUACAAAUCUUCUGUAUGUGUCAGAAAUGAAAUACAUCGACAUCUGCGCAACACAGAAGAAUAAAAUUGAUCUAACUCUUCACUUUUCUUGUGAUAAAGGGAAGCUGGUUGAAGAAGUGAAACAUUUUUGUUUCACAAUUAUUUUGCAAGCAGGCAGUAUGCAAAGGGGAUGGAUGCAUCUGGCUAGAGCAUCAUGUAGAUAAGAUACGGGCAGAUGGCGGGGUGAGGGAGCUAGAGUCAUUAUUUUUUACAGAAGUCUUCAGAGAUUCUUCCUCCCUCCCUUCUUUGAAAGAUUUACAAGGACGUUUUUGACACUGGGAUUCAUUGUAACACUUCUCCAGUGUUAUGACUUCAAAUUUCAUAAUUGUGCUAUAGUCUGGACAGAAGAACGGAUAUCAAGAAGUUCACAGACUAAGGAAUGGUUCCUAAAAGUCUGUGCUGAACAUUUUUGCUUUUAAAGUAAUCUUAAAUUUUGAUUUCAAAAAAUGUGAAAAGUCAAGCCCUACUUCAAGACUUAAGAGAUCUUGUGCAGAUUUCCGUCAGUUUAAGCGUGCUCUAUUGGACUGUGGCACGUAUCUGCAGUUCUACACAAAUAGUCCCACUGAGAUCAAUUGGAUUGCUGUGCAUAUGACUCAACAUAGUAUUUCAGAUCAAAUUGCUAAAUUAUUUGACAAGUAUACUUUGGAUUCAGUAGCAUAACUCUUAGAAUGGAAGUCAAGAAUUCCUGAAAAGAUGUAAUGGGAAUUUUUCCAUUAUAAGCGCUCCCCACCACCUUCAAUUGCAGUUCAAAGUAGCUCAUAACAUUUUAAUGAACACAGAAUUUUGGCCUUACAAAGGUCAGGUAUGUGUGGCCUAGGAUCUUUUGUGGCUUGAGUCUUUUCUGGCUUCCUUUUAAAAAGGUGUGAAUAAUUAAAUUAGGAAAUAAAGGAGAAAUAAACUGGAAUAAAGGAUGAUAAGGGUGUGGGUACAUUCAUUAUUUGUGUAUAUGAACAUUGAUUCAUUUUCUUUGUUGACUGGAGGUUAAUUUAAUCGCAUUACUAUGCAUAAUUGAAAGAGAUUGCACAUAGAUUGUGCACAUGUGUGUUAAAGGGGUAUUGUGUGCAAUGUCAUUAAAAUCCAAUACUUUAUGUGAAUAUGGAUCUGUAUUUUUAAAUUCCAAAUCUUACAAGACAACAUAAACUGUUACCCUAAUGACUUUUCCUACUGUAACCUGCUUUUAAAAAGUAGUUCCCAUAUCCUUGCUUUGUAAGUUGAUCACUAUGCAUUUCUACACAUUUUAUAAAUUUGAUUUAUGCAGAUUUUGAUACACUGUAUGUUUCUGUAAAGAUUGUAUAAAUCUUCAAAGUUUUUAUUAGGGAAAAAUCUGGGUAUCCUAUGUAUAUCUUAAUUCUGGGUUGCUUGUCUUUUUAGGUGAGGAAAAUAAAUAUUUUAACUUGUGGGUUUAUUA